AUGAAUGAUACGUCUGACUUUCGCAAGAUCCAAGCCGGAGAGCGCGUGAGACUGUGGAAAGUUGAACAGGAAAGCUCCAUCAGCGGUAAUGAUGUUAACGAUGAGAGCGAUCAUACCGAGCCACUCGGCAGUGAUGAUUCUCUACCGGCAGAUCCUUGUGAAUUGAUCCGAUUUAGUCGCACCGUCUCUGGAGUUGACUUCUUCCGUGGACUCGCAACUGCCGACGAGAGCUUACGCCCAAGUCCCUGGCAAGAUAACCCACGCGACCCAACGCUCAGAGUGACAACGAUGCAACCGCAGAGUUCAAACCGCAGCCAUGAUGGCAUUUGA